AUGGCUCUGAUUGAUGGUGAUUCUAAUAACGUCGAAGCACUUGCAGAUGCUGCUGUUAGCGAAGAAGAGGAUGAUUCUGAUAGAGAACUACAAAUUGCCUUUGAAGAAGGUUUGUUGAAAACUGAUCGGUUAAAUUAUGUUGUGGAUGGAAAACGACCGAUCAUCAACAAAAAGGAAGAGUUGCAACUGAAAACAGAAGAACUAAAAAAGAAUUUGAUGUGGAUAGAAACGCUUGACUUAACAGUCAAAAAUGAAUAUGUGAGGGAGAGAACAAUUAACGACGAUUUCGAACGUGAAAUACUCUUUUACAAACAAGCAGAAGGAGCAGUUAAGAUGGCAAUUCCACGCUUGCGUAAACUAGGUGUGAAAAUCUUUCGACCCCCUGAUUAUUAUGCUGAAAUGGUGAAAAGCGAUAACCACAUGCAGAAAGUGAGACAACGGAUGGCAGAACUUGAAGAAGACAAGAAAAAACAAGAAGCAAUUCGUAGAAUCCGUGAGGAAAAGAAAUUUGCUGCUAAAGUUCAGAAGGAGGUAAUGGACCGAAAACAAAGUGAAAAAAAAAUCUUGUUGGAAGCUGUCAAGGAACAUCGGAAAGGCAUGAAAUCACAGUUGGAUUUCAUGCUCAAAAAUGCUAAGAGGCUGCAAGAAACUGAGGAAGAAGAAGAUUUUGUGAGCACUGGGAAGAAGUCGGAAGAAAACCGGCGGGGAAGGAAGACUAAAAAAUUCAGUAGAAUUUCGCGAGACAAAAAAUUUAGUUUUGGAGGACAGAAAAAGCGAUCUAAAAAAAAUGAUAAAAACAGUUUCGAAGAAUUCGCCACUCCUGGAAAUCUUGCAUUUAGAAUGAAACGUCAUCGUGUUGGUGGAUCGUCAAGAAAAGGUCAUUUAAAAAGGAAAUCAAAAUGA